AUGCCGCAUAGAUUUGUGGCUCAACUAGGGGAACGAGAGCAUCGGCCCCAAAGCCGACAACAGUCGAAGAUUUUGACUGAGGUUGUCAGUCUGCGGGAUUUCUUCUUCGACGACGACAUCUUCAUCGCCUACGGUCCUGAGCGACUCUCUCACGACGACUUCGAUCUUGACUCUGAAGAAUGUAAGACGAUUCAGCCACUGGUGAAGUGUCCACUUAGUCCUCGUAGACCACGACGUAUGCCGUCUCCCAAACCUCGUGGUCGUGCAGUGUCACCUCUCGCAAUAUUUGAUGGCCCAGGUAGUUUACCACGGUCACCCAGAAAACCCCGAGCACAAUCUCCUCACAAACGCUCGAGCCAGCAGCACCAACAGAGUUACCAACAACAACAGUAUAAUGGCCAUGUAGCUUGUGGUGGUCUGGAAAAUAUUAUCUUCCCCUCUUGUGUCACAUCUAAGUAUUCAGUAGGACGUAUCCUUGGUGACGGUAACUUUGCUGUGGUACGAGGGUGUGUUUGUAGGAAAACAAGAGAAGAAUAUGCACUUAAGAUAAUAGACAAGACUAAAUGUCGUGGAAAGGAACAUAUGAUUGAGAGUGAAGUUUCUAUACUACGGCAAGUUAGUCAUCCAAAUAUUGUUAGUUUAAUUGAGGAAUUCCACACCUCACAUCAGCUCUACCUCGUCAUGGAACUAGUCAGGGGUGGUGACCUCUUUGAUGCCAUUGCCAGUGCAACUCGCUAUACAGAACAAGAUGCCAGUUCGAUGGUCAGGGAUCUGACCUCAGCUUUGGAUUAUCUCCACCAGAGAUCAAUAGUACAUAGAGAUAUAAAACCAGAGAACCUCUUGGUGGUGGAGCGGAGUGAAGGUAGUAAGAGCCUGAAGCUGGGAGACUUUGGCUUGGCUGUGGAGGUGACCGAACCAUUAUACACAGUAUGUGGUACACCUACAUAUGUUGCUCCAGAAAUUCUAAAUGAAUCUGGUUAUGGGUUGAAGGUUGACAUUUGGGCAACUGGUGUCAUCACAUACAUUCUUCUGUGUGGAUUUCCACCAUUUGUCUCGGCUACAAACAACCAAGAAGAACUCUUUGAUCAAAUAUUACGUGGGCAUUAUGAAUUUCAUAGUCCUUACUGGGAUGAUAUAUCUGAUUCUGCCCGUGAAUUGAUUGUUCACAUGAUUCAAGUGGAUCAAGAAAAGCGUUUCAGUGCACAAGAGGUCCUCGAUCAUCCUUGGGUCUCGGAUGAUGAGGCUUUAGACAGAAACCUCCACCUUCGAGUAUCCCAUAAACUGGAUCUUCACUUUGACACAAACGGCCCCCAGCACAAAGCUGCAGGAAUAACUCUUAUGGCUGUGACAGCUUUAGAUAAGGAGAAACACAGCCUUUGUCGUGAAGGGGACAUUCAGGAUGUUUCCAGUCUCACAAGUCCGCCCUGCAGUCCAAGACUGACUCUUUUCACAAACAGCAGUCAAGUCUUUUGAAAAUCAUCGACACCCAGCCUUCUAUGGUGCUCUUCACUGGCUAUAAGAUGUCAUGUCCAUUAUCAUUCAUUAUUUCAUAUGAACAUUAUCCAUGUAUCAAACCUCAGUGAAACCGUUACAAGGUGUAUCACUUAUUUAUUUUUACACAUAAAUGAAUGCUUUAUAAUUUUAUUAUAAAAGUAUUGACAGUUAGAUUCUAAUGCUUAUUUUGAUAGAAGACUCUUAAAAACUUAGUAUAUGCAGAUACUCAACAUCCAGGUAACUGGUUUCAUUCCAUCACACACUACACUCACUUUAGUAAUACUAUACUGUAUACAGUACAGAUAUAUUUGAGGGCUCUGUCAAUAAUUACCAUAUUUUGCAGUGUGUGCAUGCAUAUGUGUGUGUGUGUGUGUGUGUGUGUGUGUGUGUGUGUGUGUGUGUGUGUGUGUGUGUGUGCACAUAAUCAUGUGUUUGCAUGUGGGGUAUGUUUGUGAAAUACCCAGUACAGGUACCGUACUUGUGUGUGAGGGAUUGAUGCCUGUGUAAGUACAGUGUAUACACAGUGUAGUACACUGUACUGUAUAUGUUUGUGUGUAACUGAAUUGUAGGUAUGUGCAUGUAUAUAUGUGACAUGUUUGGAUUAUGUGUGUACAUAACUACAUGUGAUGUGAUCAAAUCCUUCACAUGGAAAUGAGAUCAAAAGAAGGGUAUGUAUGUGUGUUAUGGCAGUGAGCUUAUUGAAUGUUUUUCUUUCUUGCCAGAACUGAUUCAGCUGCUCAAGUAAUAUUCAGAUGAUGAUAAUAAUUUUAGUUUUGUAAUGGAUAGUAAUACUUCAAUAUUUUGUAGUAAAUAUUUCUGCACCAGUAAUCAUUGAUUUUGCCAAAUUAAGAAAAAAGUUUUAAUAUACUGUAACUCAUCAAGGUAGUAAUGAUGAAAACAUAGUUUUAUAACUAUCAAGAAAAGUAUGUGUACUUGUAAAACAGGUGGUAGUCCCCCCCCCCCACACACACACACACACACACAGUGUCGUAGUUAGGGUAGGGCAAGAGGGGCAGCUGCCCAGGGCACGGUUGGUUGUGGGGCACACUCUGAAAGCUAAGGACAGUUCUUCUUCAUGUCUCAACGUGUGACUGAACUUUUGGCAUUCUACUUCUUGGAUAAAAUUUUUCAGUCUUAUGAUAGUUAGGUUUUUAUGUUAUGGCAUUUGCAAAUUACACUUAUUGACUUUGUAUUUUUUCUGAUUUUAUUUAUAUUAGUGUUUACAUAUUGUUUUUUCUUCUAAUUAUUAAUAUAUUUAGACAAACUCGGCUGACAAUUCGUGAUGUCGACUUUUGUGAACAUAAUCAGAGCAGCAGACGUCCACUGGCUGAAGUGUCUUUUGAACGUGGGUGUGUGAGGUUUGCUCUUUUGACACGUGUGGACAAUGUGGCUUAAUGCAAAUCUUUAUGUUGUAUUUCAUAAACUAAAGCCAGUGAAAUGAUCAAGAUUGAUACAAAAUAAAUUAAGAAUAAAACACUUAAUAAAUAUUUGCCAUAUUUGUUUUGAUAUUUGUUGUUUGAAAGUUUAACAGAAAGAGAACAUAAAGCAUUUGGGUGUUUAACUAAAAUUUGCAGUGCUUUUUAUUCAUAUCUUGUCAAAACUCGUCAAAAUCAAUGAAAUUGUUUGAAAAAAAGAUAAGAGACCAAGAAAUAUUGAAAUAUGUUAGUAUCAGUGGUCAUUACAAAUGAGAAUAUUUAUUGACCUAGUCAUAUUUUUUUUUAAUCAUUUGCAUUUGAAACAUCUUAAGUUUAUUGUUUUUACUGUUCACCUUUACUUUAUCAAAUAGAUACUGAAAUUGCUGUAGGUACAGGUAUACCCCAAUAACUGACAUACUGUAUAUAGGGACUUGAAAAGUCAUUGGUCAGGGAAUCAACAGUUAUCAAAGCAUUUAAUCCCAUAAGAAUCAAACAAAUUCAGGGGGUUAGGGACUGGCCACCCCUCCAAAAACCCCCAUUUACCCUUGAUAUAUCUCUGUCAUGCACAUACUUUCUAGCAAGAAAAUAAAGCAGACAUGGUAAAUGUAAACAAGUGCAGAGAGGUAGGAAUGGGUUGGAGGCAGCUUGCAGAGCCUUCUCGUGGCAAGAAUUUGCACCACACCACAGCCUGCGAAAGUCAAAAAAAUUUUGUCACUCCUCCCCGGAUCAUCAAAUCUCUUGGGUAUCAACAAAACUUUUGAGGUAUAUCCCCUAUAUGUAAUCGGCGGUUAAUUGGACGUCGGUUUUUUGGGGUAUACCUGUACUCCAGAAAUUGUGUGAAGAUAAAAAAAUUUUUUUAUUCUUGUUUGGCUAGCUGAUACAUCAUCAAUCAUUGUUGUACAAAUUUCAACGUCUUUUGAAAAUUUUGUAUGGCUUGUUUGUGUUUGUGGCCAAAUUGUUAGCAAUCAUGUUUGCUUUUAAAAUCUUGAGACCUUUUUGGGUUAGUGGCCAAACAAUUAUGGCUGAAGUUACUGUAGGCUCAUAUAGCUUCCCUUUGCUAUUGUCUCCGGUAUAUAUAUAUAUAUAUUUCUCUUAAACCAAGAAAAAAGAAGGGGAGCACCUUUUGUGAAAUUUUCCCAAGCGCAAAAAUGCCUGGCUACAGUUCUGUAUGUGUGUGUGUGUGUGUGUGUGUAUAUACUAGCAUAGAAAGGUCACACUCUCUAGUAUUUUUAUGUACUAGUGAAGUAAAUAUGAUUUCUUUAUUUGUAAUGAUAAUACAGUUUUAAUAAAAGAUCAAGCAAAUUCUAA